UGAGUCGUGUUUGACAGAUUGGACAUAUUGGACAUAUUUUGCUUAAGAUGUAAAUCUCAAAUAUUGAUCGAGCUUGUGGAUAUACUCAUUACAGGAUACCUAGUCUUCGCGUGUUAAUCAAAACUCCGCGAGGAUGGCUGUCCGGUAUGUAUUUGUCCUCAUAUUGUCGGUUGCGUACACGCAGGCACAGACAGGUCCCAACUUUUGUUCCUAUAACGAUGGUGUGUUCGAAUGUGACUAUGCAAGUAUGGUUUCAACGUCAGACCGUCCUAUCGACUUCAAUGGCUUCAGUCAGGACCCACAACAAAUAGAGAUCACCGUCAAUGGGUUCCUUCCAUACUUUGGUGACACAAAGGUUUUCACCAACUUCGACUCAAUUGAUAAAACAACGUUUGAUAACAACUAUCCGUCAACGUUAACGAUCGACUGCGGUUUCGGCGGGAGUAUGUUCAUGACGGCGGGAGCAUUCAACAACAUGAGUCACGUACAGUACUUAAAGAUAAGGAAUUGUGACACAUAUUAUAUACCAUCUCAGAUGUUUACAGAGCUCAACAACCUCGACUUCUUUAGUUUCGAAGGAGGAUCUAUAGAUGACAUCGACCCAAAUGGAAUGUUUGGUCUCAGUGUGGAGAAGAUGACCUUUGACUCACAUACUAUACCCAGAAACAUGGGAAAGUUUGACUUGAAAUACACUCCUUUCUCUACCAAGUCAGUACCACCAGGUCUCCUCUUCAACUGGAAAAAUCUGUCAACUGUUGCUUUAGUGGGCGCAGACUUGGAAACUAUCUCCGCUGAUGUGUUUACUUUCAACUCCAAGCUAACCCAUAUUGACCUGAGUGACAAUACGUUCGUUUCCAUACCAAGUGGAAUAUUUGACAAUUUAAAUUCUCUAUCCGGAGUGGACAUUUACAACAUACAGUGGACAUGUAGCUGUGACAACACUUGGUUUGUGGAUUAUUCAGCAAAAAACAACAUUUCAAUGUCCGGAGACUACAUGUGUAGCAAUGUUGCAGGUAUGAGUGUAUGGAAAUACUACGAGGACAAUUGUAGGAUAGCCAAUCUCUGCGAUGGAACAAUAGGGAUUGUAUUGCUCAAGAAAUGUCUCACGUUGUUUGGAAUGCUAGCAUUUGGUUGUGCCUUUCUCGCGCUGGUCAUAGCAAUUGUGUGUCUAGGUCUAAUAAUAUGUAUGCGUAAACAGUCCGGACAAACAAAGAAUCGACAGGCUAAAGCACGUGGCAGAUGGAACAAAGUCAAGGACAUAGGAAGGCUGAAAUUAAACCUGAAAAAAUAGAGGAAAAUUUGUUUGAUUGAAUAUAAUCUGUAUCCCAUUUCGUUAAUGUUACAGACAUUUAAUAUGAGUGAUGUGAAAACAUCCACGUUUUCGUAUACAUGUAUUAAAUUUUUUUAGCUAUAAAAGAAUGGAUAGAUUUAAGUUUACUUUAUUAGUAAUAAAUAUACAAGUACGUGAUUUACAAAACAAAUCUUUAAUUGUUCAUGUUUCAAGUAUGAAAAUGUGUCUUAACAAAUAUAUUUGGAUCAGGUAUUUAGGGGUUUACUUUUAUAAAUACGUGUCUUUGUUUCGGAAAAAUGUGUUAAUUAAAACAUAACCUUGAUUCUUUAUUUAAAUUUUGUACUACAUUUUCAAUAGAUGAGGUCACUUCAGUUAAAGUCUUAGCCUGGGAUUCAGGCGUUGAUAUUUUGUGCUUAUUCAUUACAGACGCGCUUUAACAUACUCGAUCGUCAUAGAUAGCACAACAUCUCUGGUUUUGAUAGUAUCGAUUUGCCGAACAAAAGCACAUAAACAAUCAUCAGACUGGAACCCAGGCUACGAAACUCCAUGUUUUGUUUUGUGCAAAAUUUGUACGAAUUGAAACUCACACACUAUUGUUCACCGAGUCCAAUCGUUCACUAUGUUUUCCAGGCGGAGAACGCA